AUGGACGCCCCCCGAAGGGACAUGGAAUUGCUCAGCAACAGUCUGGCGGCCUACGCACACAUCCGCGCCAACCCUGAAAGCUUCGGCCUCUACUUCGUGCUGGGCGUCUGCUUCGGCCUGCUGCUGACACUGUGCCUCCUGGUCAUCAGCAUUUCCUGCGCACCCCGCCCGCGACCCCGCGGGCCCCCUCCCCGCCAGGACCCCCGCAGCAGCACCCUGGAGCCCCAGGACGAUGACGACGACGAGGAGGAGGAGGACACGGUGACGCGGCUGGGCCCCGACGACACGCUGCCAGGGGCUGAGCUGUCCGCGGAGCCCGAUGGGCCCCUCAGCGUCAACGUCUUCACUUCCGCAGAGGAGCUUGAGCGGGCGCAGCGGCUGGAGGAACGGGAGCGGAUCCUACGGGAGAUUUGGCGCACAGGGCAGCCAGACCUGCUGGGCACCGGCACACUGGGGCCCGGUCCCGCGGCCACAGGCACCCUGGGCCGAAUGCACUAUUACUGA